GCUUUACGUUUAAGGUUUUUCAACUUGUUGAGUAUUCGGGCAACAUUUUUUUCAAUUUUUUUUUGAACUUUACAAAUUAAAUCAACAAUCGACCAAAGAUGUUUCGUCCAACUCGUAUUAUUGAUUCGAAAAUCACACCAAACCAAAAUCAACAUAUUCCUUAUCCAUCUGUUAACAACAAUCAAAACAACCAAAACAAAAUGUCAUCGGAAGAAAUUAAUCAAAAUAUUCAGGUUUUUGUACGUUGUCGUCCAUUAAAUUCGACCGAAAAAAAAGCAUCGAUCGAAAUUGUACCGGAAAAACGUAUCAUUCGUUCAUCACAACAGAAUAAAUUAUAUUCAUUUGAUGGUGUAUUUGAUUCGAAUGCCGAACAAUUUAAAAUAUAUCGUUCGGUUGUUGAACCAUUAGUUGAACAAGUUAUUGAAGGUUAUAAUUGUACAGUAUUUGCAUAUGGACAAACUGGUACCGGAAAAACAUAUACUAUGGUUGGUAAUCGUAUUGAUCGUGAUUGUUCAUGGGAAGAUGAUCCAUUAAGUGGUAUAAUACCACGGGCAAUUGAUCAACUGUUGGAUGAACUUCAACAUCAAAAUACGGAAUAUACAAUUGGGGUAUCAUUUUUGGAAUUAUAUAAUGAAGAAGCAUAUGAUCUGUUGAGUCCAUUAAGUGAUACAACAAAAUUACGAAUUUAUAAUGAUUCUGAACGAAAAGGAUCGGUUAUUAUUGCCGGUUUGGUUGAAAUGAUUGUUAAAACCAAGGCAGAAAUUUAUGAAAUUUUGGAAAAAGGAUCACUGAAACGACAAACCGCACCAACAUUAAUGAAUGCAUGUUCAAGUCGUAGUCAUAGUAUUUUUUCGAUUACCGUCCAUAUUAAAGAAGUACAAUUUGAUGGUGAAGAAGUAGUGAAAAUUGGUAAAUUAAAUUUAGUCGAUUUAGCUGGCAGUGAAAAUAUUGGCCGUUCAGGUGCUGUUGAUGAACGUGCACGUGAAGCUUCGAAUAUCAAUAAAAGUCUGCUGACAUUAGGUCGUGUAAUUACAUCGUUGGUCGAGAAAUCAUCACAUAUACCAUAUCGUGAUUCAAAACUAACAAGAUUACUACAAGAUUCGCUGGGUGGUCGUACAAAAACAUCGAUUAUCGCAACAAUAUCACCUUGUCAUGAUGAUAUGGAUGAUACAAUAUCAACAUUAGAUUAUGCACAACGUGCAAAGAAGAUUACAAACAAACCAGAAAUGAAUUUGAAAAUGAGUAAAAAAACAUUGAUCAAUGAAUAUCUUACGGAAAUUGAUCGUCUGCGAAGAGAUUUAGAAGCAACACGUGAUAAAAAAGGUAUUUUUGUUGAUGCAAAAAAUUAUUCACAUAUGGAAGCAACGAUUGAACUGCAAAAACAAGAUCUAGAAAGUAAAGAAGCAAAAAUUGAAGGAAUGAAACAUGAAUUAGAAAAAUGUAAUAAUCUUUUGAAUGAUGUACAAGAUGAUUUAAGUCAAAAAUCACAAGAAUUAGCAAAUACUAUGGCUGAAUUGGAAAAAUUAUCAACAAUUCUGCAAAUGACAAAAGAAUCAAUACGAAAAAAACAAAUUGAAAUUGAAGAUUUUAAAAUUCUGUUAUCUGCACAUCAAAAAACUGAAAAUAAAUUAUUGAAAAAAGCAUUAGCUGUUAAAUUGGUUGCCGAUAAAUAUACUGGAGAUAAUUCAAAACUUUUCCAAAAAUUGGAUACAUUUUCAUCGUUGGAAGAAGAUAAUUUUGAUUCGAUUAAAAAAUUUAAGAAUGCAUAUCGUGAACAAACGGAAAAAAUUGAUCGUUUAGGAAAUUUCGUCUAUUCAAUAAUCGAUGAAGGUUAUCAAUCAAUCGAAACAAUGAUUAAUGAUAAUAAAUCAAAAAUUGAACAAAAAAAUAUGGAAAUUUCAACAAAUUUCGAUUCAUUGGAUGAGAAAAUUGAAAAUUUCGCAACAAAAUUAUUGAAUUCAAUUCAAAUGGAAAGUGAAGAUUUGAUUGGGAAAAAUUCCCGCUUUGAAUCGAUUAUGAGUGAUUUUAAAGAAACUUUACGGCAAGAUUAUCAAUCGUUCGAAUUGAUUGGACGUGAAAAUUCACGAAAAACUAUCAACGAAUUACAAGAAUUACAAAAAUUUAAUUCAAAAAAUCGAAAAAUUCAAGAAGAAACAUUAAUGUCACAAAUAUUUCAGCUAAAAAAAUCUACAGAAAAUUCUAUCAAUAUAAUUGAUUCAAUAAGAAAUGAUUUUGAAAAAAUUUACCAUUUAAAAUGUCAAGAAUAUGAAAAAAUGACCAAGGAAUUUUCGGAUUUACAAACCAAAAUGAACGAUAUGAAUAUUGAAAUUCGUUUAAAAGAAUUUUCGGCUACAUUUGAAAAUCUUUUGAAUAAUAUCCGAUCAGAUCAUCAGGAAAAAUUGACAAAAAUUACGGAAAAUGUAGAAAAUUUUCAAAAUAUUUUGCAUAAUGUACAAGAAAAUGAUUCAAAUAGUUUAUCGAAUCUAUCAAUGAAAUGUAAUGAAUUGAAACAUUGUAUUGGGAAAGAUGAAAAAGAUACUUGUAAUCUUUUGGAUCGAAUGGAUCAAUUAAAUUUACAAACUUGUGAAAAAAAUUUUGAAAAAUAUUCAGAAAUUAAUGAAUAUCAAAGAGAAUUUCAAACAAAAUUCAAUGAUUUCCAGGAUAAAUUGUUCAACAAUGUUGAUGAAACAUUCGUGAAAAUUCACAAACAAACUGAAUCGAUUGAUCAAUCGAUUAAUGGAAAUGUUAAAAAUCAACAAAAUCACGUUGAAGAUUUUAAUUCAGAAUCAACAGAAUUAAUGAAAUUUAAUCGUCGAGCUUUUGAAGAUUUAUCCAAAUUAAUCACCGAACAAUCAACGGAAACAUUGAAUAAUUAUUGUGAUGCUAAACGAUCAAUACAAGCAUUAAAAAUAACACAUGAUAUGGAAAUGAAUGAAUUGAAUAUAAAUACUGAAAAAUUGGUAAAAAAUUUUCAAACAUAUCAAUCAACAGGUGAAACACCUAAACGUUAUCAAUAUCAAUAUCCACAAACAUUUACACCAACAUCACCACAUGAGCGGAUAUUAUCAAGAUUUCAUCAACAAUCUUUGGAACAAAAACCAUCAUUAGAUUUUUCGGAAACAAAUGACGACAUUAGUAAUGUUCAACCAAUUUCUUCAACAGAUGAUGAUGGUGAUGAAAAUUUUAUUGAUUCAACAUAUUUGAUUGAAAAAAAAUUAUCAACGAAAACGAAAAUGUUGAUGAAAAAUGGUUCGGAUCAGACUUAUUCGAUUGAAUUAUUAAAAGAUCGUAAAAAUCAUUCAUCAUCAUCAUCAAGCUAAAAUGAAUCGCAUAUGGUUUUUUGGUUGGUUGUUUUCAACGGAAACAGGAUGAUUAGACAUGUGUUUUUUUCAUUUCAAUUCAAAAUAUAUCUUACCAAUUGACAUUU